GUCGCUGCCGCUGGCGGUGGCGCGCGACCUGUGGGACGCCGUGGCGGCGUCGCGGCGCGCCGUGUGGAUGCAGCAGCGCGAGCCCGGCGCGCAGCCCGUGGUCGUCAACGACAUUGCCGCGCAGCUGAUCCGCGUGGCGGCCGUCGCGCGCAACGUGGCUUUUGGCGAGGACGUGCUGGCGGCGCUGCGCCGCGAGGCCGCGCACUUUGGCGCCGACGCGCUCGCGCGCCUGCCGCCGGACCUGCAGUGCGCCCCCAACGUGCGCGUGUACACGGCCGUGGUGACGCUGUACGCCAACGACGCCGACCUGCGCGGCAUUGCGCGCACGUGGGCCGACAUGCUGCACGCCGGCGUCGCGCCCAACCUGUUCACGUACACGAGCCUGGUCGUUGGGCUGCACAAGGUGGCCCUGCGCAAGCGGUGGCGGGCGGCGCAGGAGGCUGCCGAGCGCAGCGAUGCCAGCGACGCCGACCAGCCCCGCGCCGACCAGCCGGCCACGACCACGCAGGACGACAUGAUGCGCACAUCGAGGACUGGCUGUUCUCCGACCGCGCCCCGCCUGACGCCGCGCUGCCCGAGCUGUUUCUGUCCGACGUGGCGCCCGACGUUGAUCUGCCGCUCAGCACGCUGCUGCUGCGCUACCACGCCCUCCGCAUCCGUGACGCGGCCGCCAGCAGCAGCAAUGAGAGCGGCACCGGCGAUGGCGAUGAUGCCGACCAGCAGGCCUCCGCGGCCGCCGACCAGCAAGCCUCCGCAGCCGCCGACUACCAGGCCUCCGCGAUCGCCGACGACAACCUGCACCGCGCCAUGCGCGUGUGCCAGGCCGUUGAGCGCGCCGGGCUCGCCCCCGACCACCGCUUCCACGCCGCGCUGGCCGAUCUCUUUGACGCCCACGGCGACCACUCUGGCGCUGACCUCGUGCGCUGCCGCAUGGAUGCAAAGCACCGCCCCGGUCAGUCAUUUGGAAGCUGAUCCAACCGCGCCUGAUUAAAUCAAGCCCUCCCCCCUGAAAAGGCGGCUGCAUUCUCCCAGCGCCCUUCCUUCUUCCUCGCUUGCUUUUUAUCUUUCGCACGAAAAACACUUGCUUGAAUUUCUAUUCAUUUCAAAUACCAACCGCGA